GUGCGCAACCGAGCUUUUAAAAGCAGCCCUGCAGACCUGUGGCGACCACAGCCUUCAUAUGCGGCACAGCCCACGCCAAGCCUUAAAGAUUUCACCGCGGCUCUUCUUAUACUUCCUGCUUCAAUACCCAAUCGAUGGAAAGGAUUGUUCUCUCAUUUUUGCUCUGAAAGCCUGAGAAGUGAAACUGUUCCGCUAUUCUGGCCGUUUUGGUUUAGCUGACAAACACUUAAAGGAACACAAUGAACAACAGAGAAUGCUGGAGAGUGUCUAAAAGGGUGUGUGUCAUGUUCUUCGUGGCUGUAGUGGCGCUGACUGUUGUCCAAAGGGGAAACAUCAAUGUUGGGGCUCCCUUUGAACUUGAGAGGCAGGCUCGCAUGCAUGCUUCCCAGAUACCAGGGGCCGAAGCUGCUCUGGAAGAGAAAACGGUAAAACGCUUCUGGAAAGUUGGCAGACAGAAGUCAAAGCCUAAAGCUCAAACCAUCACGCUGCAGCCAAGGGCUGCUUCAGAUAGCAGCCCUGGUACCUGGGAUGUGACCAGCUCCAACUGCAGUGUCAACCUCAACUAUUCAAGCCAGCCGUGGUUCAACAGCCUGGAGGACAACUUCAAGCAAUUCAUGCUUUAUCGACAUUGCCGUUACUUUCCCAUGCUCCUCAACCACCCAGAGAAGUGCGCAGGGGAGAUAAAUUUACUUAUGGUGAUUAAAUCAGUGGCCACCCAACAUGACCGCAGGGAGGUCAUUCGAAAAACCUGGGGCAAAGAGCAGGUUGUGAACGGCAAGAGGACAAAGAUCCUCUUCCUUCUUGGUAAGCCCUUCAAUGAGGCAGAAAGAGCAAACCAUCAGAAACUGGUCGAGUAUGAAAACUACAUCUAUGGGGAUAUUCUCCAGUGGGACUUUUUAGAUAGUUUUUUCAAUCUGACUCUCAAAGAGACCCAUUUCCUCAAGUGGUUCCACACUUACUGCCACAACGUCCACUAUGUUUUCAAGGGCGACGAUGAUGUCUUUGUCAGCGUGGACAACAUUUUUGAGUUUCUAGAGAGCAGCAGCCAGAAAGAGAACCUGUUUGUGGGGGAUGUCAUUUUCAAGGCUAGACCCAUUCGUAGAAAGGAUAACAAAUAUUACAUUCCCCAAGCUUUGUAUAAUGGCACAUUCUACCCUCCAUAUGCAGGUGGAGGAGGGUUUCUGAUGGAUGGGAAGUUGGCGAGAAGGCUUCACUGGGCUGCAGACACCCUGGAGCUCUACCCCAUCGAUGAUGUUUUCUUGGGCAUGUGUUUGGAGGUGUUGCAGGUUACCCUUGUAAAACACGAAGCCUUUAAGACGUUUGGCUUGGUGAGAAAUAAGAACAGUAAGCUGAACCGAGAACCUUGUUUCUUCAGAAACAUGAUUGUGGUUCACAAGCUGCUCCCAUUGGACCUCAUGCGCAUGUGGAAUCUGGUCAACAGUGACCUGGUGUGCUCACAGAAAUUGGAAUUGCUAUAGCUUCAUGAGAGCAACGGGUAAGGAGAGCACCAACAACCUGAGCUUUACCUCGGUGGAUGCCAACAGAAAGUGCAGUACAGGAGAGCUGAAGGCAAGCCUCCCAGCAAACUCUCCUUUAUGUAGAGAGAGAUCCAGACAAUCCUUGAAUUAGCUGAUUUUGGGCAGCAAUGCAAGUUUUAGAGGAAUUUCCUCAAAAGUAAAUUAUAAAGAGCUUAUUUUCUUUCCUUUUUUCUAAAAAGGUUUAUUUAGAAUAAUAUAUUUAUAUUGAGAGUAAAAAAAAAAACAAAAAAAAAAACACUGUAAGCAACUUUAACUGGAGCUACUAUAUUAAUGGGCACACCAAGGACAGCAGUCCUUUGUUUUACAGUUAUUAGUUAUUUAAUAAUCUGUUGUGGGCUUUUUGGGGGGGUGGGGGGGGCAAGUAUUUUUUACGAGACUUCCCUCGCCUUGCUUCACACAGAUGUAAACACCCGUCCUACUGUAUCUUCAGAUCAGUGUGGCAUGCUACAAUAUCUAAAAAUAAUCAGGAAAAAUGAAAAAAGUCUCUACCUCACUGAUUUGGACAAAAGCAUUUAAUUACCACUCACCCUCUUUUUGUGCUACAACAUAAUUUUCCUAAAAUAAGAUAAGAGGUCCUUGCACUCCUCCUUUUGAAACAUAACAUGACUUGAUGUGGACAUCUACUGGAUUUUUUUUUUUUUCUUCAGAGAAGAAUACAUGUUAGACAUGUCUGUGGAUUUGAAUGUGCUGAUAUCUACUUGACAUUAAUUUGGUUAAGGGUUUACAAUGACACUGUGAAAUGAAACUUUUGUUGGUACGAGUGUAGGACAUGUUUAUUUAAUUAUCCCCCCAAUUAAAGGGGGGCACAUGAGGGGUUCUUAUGUUUAAUUUAAAGAAACAAAUAAACAAAUAGAAUAUUAAAUGAUCAGAAAGCUGAAUAUUAUGGGUAUAGUGGGAGAUAAUUAAUAAUGUAAAUGUUUGUAAAAGUCAACACGUACAUAAAAUGUCUUUUUGUAAAUAAACACCUUGACAAAUCAGUUGUCU